GAGAUGGGGCUAUUUGCAAAUUCAUUUCAAGAGGUGAAAACCGGUGCUUACGGGUAUCCGGCAACUUGGUAACGAGAUGCUUCUGCGACAUCGCAUUUUUGUCGCAACUUGCUCAUCAUAUCUUGGGUGAAAAUCUCCCCGGCUGGCUGGCGUAGCUAGCCGCAUAUUUCACUGCACCGCUCAGCUAUUCGGCGUUAGAAUCCGCAAGCUAGUUGAUGCGGUUGUGUUGAGCCCAACGGCCAACCUCAGCAAGCUGGAAAUCUUACAAAAAUCAAUCAGAUAGAUGAAAUCCAGUCAUUAGGGCAAUGUCAGAUCUAGACUGCAAGUUGAUCACUUCUGAUACAUUUUCUUAGCUAAUGGGACUUCAGAGUAGAAAGAGUUUAAACUAAAGAUGUUCAAGAAUGAAUUCCAGGGUGGUCCCUUCGUGGAAGUAUUCAGUUCACAGGGUAAAGAACCCUUAUCUAAAUGGAAGCUGUCAGGGCAGACUUCUAUUCAGAAGUUAUUUGACAAAGAAUGCAAGAGUUACAUUCACACUCUUGAGGGAGCAUCAACAACCACCAAGAUACAGCUGCCUAAAGAAAGCAAACAAGCUUUGUUGCUUAUUCAACGGUAUCUGGUAAUACAGUCAUUCAUCCCUCUUGGUCAAGACUUCUCCAUGGAACUGGGGGUCACUGAUAUGGGCAACAACAAGAGACGGUUGUUUUUCUCUACUGCUCAGAAGGAGACUUCUGCAACACCACUCCAUGCUAAAGUACCUCUCACCAUUAUUAAGAGAGCAAUUUGGCUAAAUCUUACUAUUGACAUGGUUUCACUUGUUGGUGAGAUGUUCAGGGGUCAAACGUUCAAGUCACUUGAUACCAUCAUCAUCUCAGCAUGCUGUAAGCUCAGGAAGAUAUUCACCUUGAAAGACCAACCUGGAGAUACCACUGAUGAUGACGAUUUGUAUGAUUGUACGCCAUUAACCAACAGUGCUUCAGAUAUUUCACCUGUACCAAAAGCUUGCCAAUUUACUUCAGAUGUUCCCUAUCACACCCAGAUUCUUUCAAUGUCUAAGUUAAGACAUGCUGAGUUCAAAUUAAGAGGAGACGGAAGCAGGCCUUCAUCAUCCAGUGAACCUGAUUUGAAUUCCAGUCUGAGGGCCAAAGAUGAUAGACCAACACACAUAGCAUUUGGAACUAAAGUAUAUGCUCCUCAAACAUCAUCUGGGAGAAAGGUAUCUGCAAGAGAAAGAGAGAGUUCAGGUCACAGUGGAAGUAGACCAAGUCGAUCGUCACAUUCCAGGUCACAGGCAUCAGAUGAUCCUUUACCUAGUGCACGAGGUGUAGCUCCUCCUAUUGGUGAAAAGGUAGACAAACUAGUUGUGCAUGGCCACACUCGUCAGCAGUCAGAUCCAGGAACUGAGAUUGACAAUCCAGACAAAGUUGAUAAAGAUACUUUAACUGGGAGUAAGACUUGGACAGCACCUGUAAUCAGGGAGGAUUCUGCAAGGCAUCCACACCCACCCAGGGAGAAUUCGGGUGGAAAGUCACGCAGAGUUGUCAAGGUUCGUCCAAGCAGCGGGAAGAAAAGCGAUGCCUCGGAAUCAAGCGAUGUGGACCUGACCUCAGCCAGAGGGAAGCAAAAAUUCAGCCUAAGAGGCAACACCUCGGGUGCUAAUACCUCAAAUGCCAAUAAGAGUGAUUCAAUGGCCGCUUUGUCCACUGGCAUGCAGAACAUGAACAGCAAAUCAGCAGGAAGAGGUAGGACUCGUUUAGAUAGCCUGUCUGAAUCGGACGAUCACCAAGAGGCCAUUGGAGAUGGGCGCAACGGAAGACUUGCCUCUGGGCGCAGUAAGAUCCCUCGGAGAAGGAAGAAGGACAGAAGCAACGGUAGCAGUAAAAUGACUGGUGUGUCAGAAAAGGAAGAAUUGGUAGGAAGUGAUAAUGUUGGCUCAAGGACUGCUAGAUCAAGAGACAAGAAGGAGUCAUCAGAUAGAGUUACUUCAGUGCAAUCUGUGGAAGGGAGAGUUGUAAAGAAUGGUGAUGAUAUUAGUGUGAAGAUGGGAGAAUCAGAUUCAGGUGUGGCAUUCUCAGUUGAAAUGUCUGAACCUGAAGGCAGUCAUUCUGUUGUAUCUUCAAGCAGAUCAAUUAAAACAGAUGGUAAAGAUAAGAAUGCCCUUUAUACAUUCAUGUCACCUCCUCACACUGUUCCAGUUCGAGCACCAGACAAUUCAAGACAACUAGAUCCAAGUAAACUUCAGAUGAAAAUGCAAGCCAUCCUAGAUAGUUCAACUCCAAGCAACCUCAGUGAGGACAAACACAAGGACAACUUUGACACUGUGAAACAAUCAUCCAGAGAACUUAUUAGUCCCGAGACGGAUUUCUUGAGACACGCCCAGCUGAACGAUGACUCUGAUCUUGAAGACGAUUGGCAAGGGAACGGUAGAUUGAAUGUCAAUAGAACGAUUGAGCGUUCGCGGUCACGUUCCCCGAAGAAUAGGAUAGGUGAUGAUGAUGGAAAUGAAAACAUUACUUCAAUGCCUGAGAGCAGUAGAUCUAAUCAACGUCAACAGCCGUCGAUGAGUUUAUCACCAACGUUACGUCGGAGUAAGCUUGCUUCCUUGGCUCAAAGCCAAGGAGGGGCAUCGCAGCAACCUGCUAGGCUUUCUGUAUCAAGGAUGAGUAUCAGAUCAAAACACCUCAAAGAAAUACCAAAGGAUGAUCCAAGGGUGUCUGAUGACUAUGACUGGAGGAAAUACCAAUCUAAUAACAGUUCGCUGGCCUCUUCACUUGAAGCCAACAUGCUGGCAAGCCUUAAGAGACAACAGCUUGAAGAGCUCUAUGAAGAUCGUAAUGAGGGAGCAGCGAACAAUAGCUUUGAGAUUCACAAUUAUGGUGACGAUGAUGAGAGCAGCUCCAGUGAUGAUACCAAUACAACCAUUAGCACUUGGAAACCACCGGAUAAUUUGAGGAGAGGCAAAGGUUAUCAAGAAGAAAUGAAUUAUGCUCCAACUGGCAACCCUCUUAUGCAGUCAAAUCCAAGAGACUGGUCCAAUCUCUUUAGUCCACCCAUUGUGCUACCUAGUGAGAAGAAGCUUCAGAAUGAACAGUCCCAACUUUCACCUGUCAAUGAGUUUGGAUCAGGUAAGCAUAUCAGUCAUAACCACUUAAUUGCUAUAGGCUAUAUCGCGGAAUGAAACCAUGAUGCUAAGGCAAUUUUUUCGUUUUCUUGACAUACAAACAAACUAACAUAUG